GAACUGAUGUUGAGUUGUGGUGAUUUUUUCAGACAUUGUUAAGAAGUCCAUCGAUUUGAACUUCCCAAAUUCAAAUGGGGAAAAAUGAUUUCUUGACCCCUAAGGCAAUUGCCAACCGAAUAAAAGCAAAGGGCUUGCAGAAACUGCGAUGGUACUGCCAAAUGUGCCAAAAACAAUGUCGAGAUGAAAAUGGAUUCAAGUGCCACUGCAUGAGUGAGUCUCAUCAACGUCAAAUGGAAAUCUUUGGUCAGAACUCUAAUCGCAUUGUUGGUGGCUACUCCGAGGAAUUUGAGAGCUUAUUCCUUGAGCAUAUGAAGCGUAGUCACCGCUUUAGUCGUGUUGCUGCAACUGUUGUGUACAAUGAGUAUAUAGCUGAUCGCCACCAUGUCCAUAUGAAUUCUACUGAAUGGGCAACAUUAACUGAGUUUGUGAAGUACUUGGGAAAAACAGGAAAGUGUAAAGUUGAGGAGACGCCGAAAGGUUGGUUUAUUACCUAUAUUGAUCGAGACUCCGAGACUCUCUUCAAAGAAAGAAUGAAAAACAAGAGAAUUAGGGCCGACCUAGCAGAUGAAGAGAAGCAGGAAAGGGAGAUAAAGAAGCAAAGAGAGCGUGCCGAGCAGUUGAUGGGUGCGGGAAAUAUGGAUGGUGUGGAAAAUAUGGAUGGUUCUGUGGAGUUGCAUCCGAUGCUCAGGGAGAAAUUGGAGACUGAGCAGAAGAUCAAGUUAACAUUAGGCUCGACAUCAAAAUCUGUUGUGAAAGAGAGAGCAGGAAGCUCAAAAUCCGUGUUUGAUGAGAUAGAUAAUGAGAAGAGAGAAAAAGGCAAGGACAGUGGUAAGAAUGGUAAACGUGAAAGUUGCCCAGUGUUGGAUGAGAUAAUGAGAGAGGAAGAGGAACAAAAGGAGCGGAGUAAUAGGAAAGAUUACUGGUUAUGUGUGGGGAUAGUUGUGAAGGUAAUGAGCAAGGCUUUGGCUGAAAAGGGUUACUAUAAGCAAAAGGGUAUUGUUCGCAAGGUUAUUGAUAAGUAUGUUGGGGAGAUUGAGAUGAUUGAAACUAAGCAUGUUCUAAGGGUUGAUCAGGAAGAGCUUGAGACUGUCAUUCCCCAAAUUGGUGGUCUUGUGAGGAUCGUUAAUGGUGCAUAUCGUGCAUCAAAUGCCAGACUGUUAGCAGUUGAUACAAAGAACUUUAGUGCUAGAGUACAAAUUGAGAAGGGAAUAUAUGACGGGAAGGUUCUCAAGGCUAUUGAUUACGAAGAUAUAUCAAAAAUUGCUGAAUAAACAGGGAUAAAAAGGAUGCUUAAGGAACUAGUAUUGUUCAAGAACUUCUUCUUGUAAUGCUGGAUUCUUCAUAAUUGUUGGUUGUCUCUAGUUUUUCGUUACUUCUUGAUGUUUUCGUUUUGGUAAAGUUAUCAAGUGUUGUGAUGUUACCAUGCUCUUAUGUUGUUGAUCUUUGUAUUUUUGGGAACAAUAAUGAUGUAAGUUUAGUAGAAGCUGUUCAUUAUUUCUUCAAUAUUCACUGGAAUUAUCAAGUGAAUGUACUUUCUCAGUAGAUGUUUGGUUUAUUGAGUUUCAAUGGUAAAUCUGUAGUUUGUUUAUAUUGGAAUCAAAAGUUCAAUCAAGUGAGUUUGGAG